AUGGCUAGAGGGCUCUUCACUGGCAGCAACCAAGAUGUCGGCAGGGCACUCGGCUUGGAGGGGGGGAUGCUCUGCCAGCUGAUCCGUUCCCCAGAUUACCACCUCUUCCCCAACUCGGCGGUUUUUGAGAGCAACUUCAUUCAGGUCACAAAGAAGGGGAAAUGGAUGGACAUCACCCACACCCCCACCAUUGUGACUCUGGCAGUGACCUCCUCGGACCCCUGCCUCCCUCUCCCCAACGUGCUCCUGAUGGCGAACCAACGGGCCCCACUUCGGGGGGUCCCCCCUGGCAGUCCCCGGCUGUCCCAAAUGGACCUGACCAGGCUGCUCCCCCUCCGGUACGUCCAGCUCUCUGUCCACAGUGCCUCUCAGCGCAUUUUGCGCCUCCAGACGGUGACCAAGACGGUGUAUUACCUGCAGCUGCACCACAAGCACCCAGAGGCCGUCUUUGCGCUCUGGAGCCGCCUGGCCAACAUCCUGGAGAACGGCCUCUCCACCACCACCAAGGACCCAGCCAUCCCCAUCCGCCACUGCCUGGUCUCCAGCCGUAGCAGCAGCACCUCCAGCAUCAGCCCCGUGGCCGAGCACUCUGAUAUGGUGAUGAGAAGCCCAGGGGUGAUCAAGAAAACGGGCAGGAAGGUGUCGAGCACCACCACCCAGUUCUCCCCAAGUCCCCAGCAAAACCUGGAAAAGCCCCGGAGAGUCUCCUUCCAAGCGCAGCAGCCGAGCCUGGAGGACACGUCGGGCCAAUCCAGCGACAUUAAAGUCCUCUACUACGACCUGCCUCCGCCGCUGGUGUGCUCCCGCUGCAAGGGCCGGCUGCCCAGGACCGAGCCGCGGAAGAGCCCCCUGGACUCCCGGCGCGCCGACUCGGAGGUGGAGCUGGCGCCCUGGAAGGACCGGAGGACCCACGGCCUCUGGCAGCAGGAGACGCCCACCUGGCUGCAGCCCCCCUGCCGCCUCAGCUGCCUCGCCGCCGCCGGCUGGAAAUAGGGCGGGCCGGGCCGGGGCGGGACCCCGGCGGGGCGCACGGCCGCCCGGACACGCCGCCGCCGCCGCCCAAGCGGGACGAGAAGCGACCGGCGGCGCCAAAGCGCGAAAGGAAUAAAUAAAGCUGCCGGCUGGACCCGGCCCAGGAGUGGCGCCCGCUUGCCGAGGAGGCGGGGCGGGGGGCGGUCGGGGGGCAGCUAACUCUGCUGGAUGUCUCUGGGCACAGCCAAGGCGGGGAGGGGGUGCGGGGGCUUCUAAUACCCCCCCCAACCCUCCUCCCGCCU